GCCCGCCAUGCCCACGGAGAGCCUACAGACAGGUAGCAUGGUGAAGCCGGUCAGCCCCGCCGGCACGUUCACGUCGGCCGUGCCCCUGCGCAUCCUCAACAAGGGGCCCGACUACUUUCGCCGGCAGGCGGAGCCCAACCCCAAGCGACUCAGCGCCGUGGAGCGGCUGGAGGCCGACAAGGCCAAGUACGUCAAGAGCCAGGAGGUCAUCAACGCCAAGCAGGAGCCCGUGAAGCCGGCCGUGCUGGCCAAGCCCCCCGUGUGCCCGGGCGCCAAGCGCGCGCUCGGCAGCCCCACGCUCAAGGGCUUCGGCGGCGGCGCCAAGAGCGAGGGCGGCGCGCCGCGCGAGACCCUGAAGCUCGAGAUCCUCAAGAACAUCCUCAACAGCUCGGAGGGCUCGAGCGCGGGCUCGGGCCACAAGCACGGCGCGCGGAACUGGCCGGCGCCGCGCGCCGACGCGGCCGAGCUGCACCGGCACUCGUUCGCCGAGUCGCUGCGCGUGCGCCCCACGCCCGGCCGCGGCAGCCCGCAGGAGGGCGGCUCGCACGUGGGCCGGCGGCCGCUCGAGCCCGCCCCCGACUCCUUCCUGCACGUGUCGCACAGCUCCUCGGACAUCCGCAAGGUGACGGGCGCCAAGCCCCUGAAGGCCAUCCCGUGCAGCAGCUCCGCCCCGCCGCUGCCCCCCAAGCCCAAGGUCGCCGCCCCGGCCGCCGUCAGGUCCCCCGAGGCCGAGGCGGCCGAGCCGGCCUGCGGGGUGGGCCGGAGACCCUCGCUCCAGCGGUCCAAGUCGGACCUGAGCGACAGGUACUUCCGGGUGGACGCCGACGUGGAGCGCUUCUUCAACUACUGCGGACUGGACCCCGAGGAGCUGGAAACCCUGGGCAUGGAGAACUUCGCCCGCGCCAACUCCGACAUCAUCUCCCUCAACUUCCGCAGCGCCAGCAUGAUCAGCUCGGACUGUGAACAGUCUCAGGACAGUAACAGUGACCUUAGAAACGAUGACAGUGCCAAUGACCGGGUGCCCUAUGGCAUCUCCGCGAUCGAGAGAAACGCUCGCAUCAUCAAGUGGUUGUAUAGCAUCAAACAAGCCAGAGAGUCGCAGAAGGUGUCCCACGUGUAAGAGGAGGAAGCGCGCGCAGCGGAGGGAGGGGGGGGUCUCUGUCCGUGCCUCGGCAGUUACGGAGCUUGUGAGGUCUCCUGGCAGUGUUGUGAGCUUCUCCACUCUCUUUGUGUUGCUUGUUGUGCAAUGUCUUUCGAGUUGCAUGCCCGCCAACGUGGGGACUGACCUGGCGUCCUCCUCGGCCACCAUCGCUGCAGAACCUGGCCGAUCGCUCGUCAUCCGCCAAAAGUUCCAGGCCAGAUUCACACUAGGGCUUCGAUCUUCAGCAAAACUGUUUACAAGGAAAACGGUAUACAACUUCUUCAAUAUUUAUGUGGUUCCUGUGUUUUUAUAUCCCGCGCUAUGGUGUCUUAAUUAAAAGUUUUAUCCACUGGC